CUGCAUUCAACAGUAGGUCUUUACGCUCUAGCAAAAAUCGACCCGAACAAUGACCGAGUGAAUUAUUAUAACAAUGUUAACAGUUCUCAAUGGUUGACAUCACGACGAAUUUAAGAUGAUUGGGACCUCCACUGAUAUUGCAACCGAUAAAGUCCAGUCCAGCGAACGAACAAAUCUAACCAUCUUGGCGAUUUUGGAUGCCCUUUUCGCAGCCCUGGUGGUAUGCCCUUGCGUAGUGUGUUACUGGAGGGCUGUUUGGGGGCUGAUGGACCUUUACUUAGAGCCUCUGGGCAGCCUGAACAGCGGGCUAGUAUCCAUAGUUAUAGGCAUGGGGGGGCACAUAGUUUUCAACGUGUUCCAGACCGUCUUCGAGAAGAAUGUGCAUCCUGAUCACAAUCGGACCGUGUACUAUCUGCUGUCGAGACUGUAUACGGUGUGUUUCGCUUUCGUUUGCGUUAACGGAUGGAGAGGACCUUGGGAGUGCUUGAAUGUCCAUUCUAUGAAUGAUAUGGUGGUUUUGUUAGCAACCACCGGGGUGGGUAUUGCGGCUAUGGUAUCCAUGAAGGUGUUGAGAAACGUUACAGCUCCGCCGUUUGUUGUCGCUGUUGACGAUGUCAAAGGGUAUUUUGAGGUGACGACCAUGUUCAAGAUAAAGAUGAGGGAGAAAUUAACACUCUACUUAUUGGACUGCCUAUUUUCCGUUGUGAUCGUGGGCACCCUAAUAGUUUUCGUUUGGAGAGGUCUGUGGCUAAUAGUGGAUAUCCUUCUUUAUCCAGAAAAUGAAGAGUUAUCCUCUUGGAUCAGUAUGGGUUUGGGCUAUGCUUUAAUGGCCUUCCUCCUGCUGUCACAACCCACCAUGCGGUACUUGUGUGAAAGACUGAGCGGUACUACGCGAGUACUAUUUGCCGAUGCUGUGACGCUAUUAGCGCUUUUCGGAACUGUCAAUAUUUGGAGAGGAAUAUGGAAUUUACUGCCCAUUUAUUUCUUCUCAGAUGAUACGGAAAUGUGCUGCUGGAUAACCCAUUGGGUGACUGUCAUAGUCCUGAUCCUUUGCGGAGCCUCCAACUCUCUUCUAGUCAAAGGUGUGGAUAUAGAUGCAGAAGAAGAGGGAGGCGAAUGCGUCAACUUCCAGAUCUACUUCUUCAGAUCGAUCUACCACAAGAAGAAACAGAAAUGGAAGCCUUCGGAGAUGAACCUCCAAGUGAAUCAUAAAGACGAAAUUACCGCUGACAGUAAUCAUACAGUGACGAUAGCGACGAUUUCAUAAUUGUACUGCUCAAUAUUUAUGAAAUUUCAUGUAUAGGGUCAUUUCAUAUUUUUCAACAGCUCAGAGGGUUUAUCAUCGAAUGAUAAGAGGAAACUUGAAUUCUUACUAAAUUUUGAAAAAUUGUUUCCAGAUGAACCGAUUGAGUAUCGU